CUUCCGUUUCCGGUGCUCUGUCAUCCUCGAUGCUGUUAACAGUCUCCCGAGUCAGGAGUCCUUGCUGUGAACGAUCAAAAUGGUCAAGUUAAUCUUCGUUCUGCUGUUCAUUAAGAUGACAUCGCCAGCUGAGUUCUCCCUCAGUUUCUACCUGUCAGCCACCGAGAUUCCUGCCAAGGUUUCCACAACCAUUGUACACUCACAGUUUGUGGGUGUGGUCAUGCUGAAUAACGAGGUGGUGGGCUACUACGACAGCAAAAACAACAAGACUGCGGAACCCAAGCAGGCGUGGGUCCGAGCCUUCCUAAACGCAACACCCAAUCACCUGGAGUGGUACAACACACUAUGCCAGCGCCACCACAGCGACUUCAACACAGACAUUAGUAACCUGAAGCACCGUUUCAACAAGUCGGGAGGCAUGCACAUCAUCCAGCGGGUGAGCGGCUGCGUGUUCGACAACGAAACGGACGCGGUGACCGGUUUUAACCGUUACGGCUUCAACGGUGAGGACUUUAUCCUGUUGGACCUGGAAAAGAAGAGAUGGAUCGCAACACAUCCGGCAGCCGUCACCACCAAAAUCAAUUGGGACAAAGAGACGGCCACCAUCGAAUACAUGAAGUACUUCUACUUGGUUGAAUGUCGCAAAUUGAUCAAGAAGUACAUGGCUUUUGGGGAGGAGCACCUGAGCAAACAAGCGUAUCCCAAAAUGGCGCUCCUCCAGAAGACGCCCCAGUUGCCAGUCUGUUGCCACGCUUCGGGCUUCUACCCGUAUUAUGCCGCCAACCUGUUUUGGAGGCGAAACGGCAUAGAGGUCAAGAAGCACGUUGAACGCGAGGUUAUCAAGCCUAACCACGACAGAACCUUCCAGAGGAGCGUGCACCUCAAUGUGACGGCCAUCCCGGAGCACGAAUGGCCCGAGUAUGAAUGCGUCUUUUAUUUUGACGAGCACCUGGAAGACAAAUUGGUCACCGUCUUGGACAAAGCUGUGAUCAGAACCAACUAUUUGGCUCCAGGACUAGUUCCGCGUGGUUUGGUGUUCGGAGGCCUUGUCACUGUUCUGCUGUUCUUCGUGGCUGGUGUUUCUGUGGUGUGCUGGUUUUGGAGAAUAGAAGACGACAACGAGGAAGAGAAAUGACCUUCAUAAUAUUGUAUCUUUAGAAGAAUAUGCUUUCAGACUGCAGGCAUAUCUGAUUCCAAUCUGUUUCGUCAUCGAAUCCGAUUUUCAGUCCUGGCUGUUCACAUUUUUUUUUUUCGCAAGUUUCCAAAUCGGAGUUGGGUCUGUUCAGACUGACAGUUCCUGUGGCAAGGCAUCAUCCCGCGCGUGUAGUGUUUGACCUCAUAUAAUUGCAACAGCGGCAACAAACAUUUGACAUGUGAGAAAGUAUCUACAAGGUAGAGGAACAACGGGAUAUGACAGGUGGGGGGACCCCUAAAAUUGUUAUGCGUCACAGUCGGGAAAGUUACAUUUAUGUUGUUGGUUCCAAAACGUAAAAAGUCCCAGUUUGACACUCGGUUCGCUCGUCUUCCUCAAGCCCGCUGGACAGCGGCAGAAAAAAAUACUCCCACUGCUCGUGUAGUUUGUUCCUUUCGUUCCAGCAAAAAAACUACUCCACAGAGCGAGAUCCAAACGCAAACAAAAGGGCAAAUGAGGGAAUUAAAAAAACAAAAAAUUAUUCACUUUGAACGUUAUAUUCACAAAAAUAGAUUGAUUGAGAGGUCAAAAAAACUGUCCUUCCUAGCGCAACUGUCUGCCCACACAGCUCCUUCCGGAUAUAUCGUACAUCAUCAAACAUGACGUCACAUGCUAGUUUUAUGAAAUCAAACAAAAAAAUCACUAUGAACCUGAACAAUUCACCAAACUAUUAUUUAGGCUCCUACAUAUGUAUUCUCAAAAGAGAAAUACAGACCGGAUUAACAGGAAAACACCCGGCUAUCUAACAUGGCUAACUAAGACAAAGAAACGGCUAAAUAAGAGCGUAACACAGUGACUUGGACAAAGUUAAAGUGUGUAUAGACACACAGGUGAGUCAAACAAGACUUCGUUUUUGAAAUAUUCAUAACAUUAAUAGCAAUCCAGCCAGCCACGGCUUCUACUUUUAAGCUAACUGGGAUAACCGUUAACAUUUUGCUAUUAGACAAGGCAUACAGUAUAAUCUAAAGCAGCUAGCCAUUUUAAACUUUUAAUUCUUCUUUUUGGCUUGAUGAAUUGUUUAAUAUUACAGAACUUCAUCUGGGUAUAUUUACUGUUAUUAACUUCCAUUGGUUUAAUCGCCGUUCUAGACUGCCGCGGAAACAUUCAAAUCAUAACAUCAUAACCAAUUAUACUUUUGGGAAAAAAGUGGAAAAAACAUGUAACUUAUUUAUUGUGCAUUAAUGUGUAUUCAAAAAAAAAAAAAAAAACACAUUUUUGCGUUGUGCAUGCGUGGGGGCCCCAGGGAUUUCAUGGUUGGAGCCCUAAGAGACCAUAGCAACGACAUUGGACCUCAAGUUUACUGUGUUUUGUGCUGUUUUAGUAUAAAUAUUCAACGUUGUGUAUAACUUGCUAUUUAUUUAUUAAUUUUUUUGUUACAUAGAUUUUAGCGUUGACGCUACAUUUGAAAAGUCAUCUGUGAAAUGUUGUUUUACCCACUUGUGCCACUUAAUAUAUGUUUUCAUCUCCACUAGAGGUCAUUAUUUCAUCUUAAACACCCAGCAAGUAUGACUGCUUUUACUACCUUUGCACUCACAAGAAUAGACUAAACAAUCAUGUUUCAAUAAAGUAAUGAUGACUGCGAUGCAUAUGUUAAGGAAGUUUUGAGACUCCGAAUACUAUAUUUAAACAUUUCUUGUCUUCAUUUACCUAUUUAUUUUUCUUAAACAAACCGUCUGUUUCAAAAAAAAAAAAAAAAAAAAUGCAUAUAAAACUAAUAUUUUUUAAGACACAUAUCACAUAUAUUGAACCAAUUUUUUCCCAACCUAAUAGUUAAAUUGUCUGGCGACAGAAAUUGGAAUCAACAAAAUAUUGCCUGCUGAACUUCCUUGUGUUAUGGCUUUGUUUUGUUUUAAUAGUCAAAAAUAGUCAAUAGUUUUAAAAGUCAAUCGUUUUAUAGCUUCUCGUCAAACCUCUGCCACACUCCUACUUCAAAUGGACUGGACAUCUAGUUGUGACCUAAUUCAGUGGUGAGAAAGUGCAUCCUGGCCAGAGGAAGAACAACUUUUUUUUUUUUUUUUUACCUCUAUCACUGCCAUUGACAGCGCUAGAUGUUCAUUCCAUUUGAAUUGAAUGAAAGUUCAUUCGCUGCCAUACCUCCCAUUGAAAAUGGAUUGGGCUUCCACUGGUGAUAAAUUCAACUCAGAGUAGAAGGAUGAUUGGAUGUCUGUUAUCAUCUUGAGUUGGGACCAGUUGUUGGAAGCUAAAUCUUGAAAAGCAGAGGUAAAGCAGCCAAAACGUUGACUCAAGAGUAUUGUUACUUCAAAAUAGUAUUACAAAAGUAA